GAUAAAAGGGGCCCGCGGGGCGGGCGGGACGGACGGACGGACGCCCCCGCGCAGCCAUGGCCGGGGCCCUGCUCGAGCCGCACAAGCUGGUGCCCACCCCCUUCGAGGGGCAGCACUUCGACCCCUACGACUACUACAGCCUGACCGAGCGCUACAGCGUGCCGGGCGGGUGCAGCCGGAAGGGCCGCUCCAAGCGGGAGGCCGCCGGGAACACGAACCGGCCCAGCCCCGCCGGACACGAGCGCAAGAUCGCCCUGAAACUGCAGCGCUCGGAGCGGCGGCGCGGCCAGGAGUGAGACCGCGCUCUGAGCCUCGCCAAGCGAACCUGGUUCCGGACUCAUCGGCAACGCCACACGACACCGAGACGAGCUGGACGGACGCCCGCUGCCCGGGGGGGCACACGGCCGUGCCCAGGCUCCUGCCCUGGCCUCUUACCCGCCCCCGCGGGAGAGGGGCGGCGAGGGGGCCCCGAGUACCUCCCUGCUGGGGGGCGAUUUCGCUCAUUGCCAGCGGGGAGGAAGAGGGAAUUGGGGGGUGAGGGU